AUGGAACAAAUUCUUUCGAAUCUUAAUGAUCUUGUAUUCGAUUCAACUGAAGAAUUUUUAGCUACUGUUGUUAAUCAACCACUUAAAGUUAUUCAUGAUCAAACUGUUGGAAAAGAUUAUUUAUUAUGUGAUCGUAAUCGUAAUGGAGAUUCAUAUCGAUCACCAUGGACAAAUACUUAUACACCACCAUCUAAUGGAAAUCUUCCAUCAGAUCGUCUUCGUCAACUUGAAAUCAAAGCUAAUCAAAUGUUUGAACAAUAUCAUAAAAUGCUUUUUAAAGGUGGUGUUUCUUCAGUUUAUUUUUGGGAUCUUGAAAAUGGUUUUGCUGGUGUUAUACUUAUUAAAAAAUUUGAUGAUGGAAAUAGUACAAGUGAAGAAUGUCAGGAUUCAAUUCAUGUUGUUGUAGUAGAAGAAAAACAAAAUGGUCAUUCAGCACAUUAUAAAUUAACAUCAACAGUAAUGUUUUGGUUACAAACAAAUAAAACAAUGUUUGACAUGAUGAAUUUAGCUGGAAAAUUAAUACAACUUGAAUCUGAUCAUCGAAUAACAGAUUUUAGUCAACAUAUAAAUAAUAUUGGUGAAAUUGUUAAACAAAUGGAAAAUAAAAUUCAUCAAAUACUUAAUUCAAAUUAUUCUGAAAAAGAAAAAAAUAUAUUUAAUAGUUUAUAUAAUUCAGAAAAUAUUCAAGAUUGUGUUCGUUUACAACAAGCUAAUUUUACAGAUAUUCUGUUUCAACAGUCAACAUCAUUGUCACCAUCAAAAACAAAACAUUUAAAACAAAUAAAUUCUCCUCAAAAUUAUCUAUUAUCAUUAAUUAAAUCAAAAUCACCAGCAUGUAUAGAAACAGAUUAUAUUGAAGAAUCUUCGAAAGAUACAAAUAAAUCCAAUUAUUUAAAUGAUAUAUUAAUGCGUGGAAAAAAUAUGAAUGAUGUUGAUUUUGAAAAUUUUAUUCAAAAUCAAGCAACAAAUUUUUAUUGGGAAACUUUGACUGAACGUACUCGAAUAAAAUUGGUUGAUCAACUUAGAGAAAAUCAACAACUUUGUGAAUUAAUUGAUGAACUUAAGAAGGAACAUAGUGAAUUAGAAGAAAAAAUCCAACCUUAUAUAAACUUAAUCAAUGAUUUCGAAAAUAAUAAUGAAAUGAAUUCAUUGUUACCCAGGACAUUGACUGUUCCAAUUGAAUCAAAACCAAUAAUAAAUGAUCCAUUGCCAACUGCUGAAGAAUCAAAUUCAAUAGUUAAUUCUAUUUUUUCUCAAUCAGCACCAAUAAUAAAUGAUGACAAUACUCUUCCAAUUCGAAUGGCUCAAUCAACUGAGUCAACAUCGUUUUAUUUAAAUGAAGAUUUUUUACCAACAUCAACAUUUGAAAAAUAUUUAUGGCCAUCAUUCUCAUCAUCAAAACAAAGUAUAUCUAAAGAAGGAAUGUAUCUUGAUGAUAUAACAAAUAAUAAUUGUGAUGAUUGUUCACGUUAUUUACCUCAAAUGAAUUAUUAUCUUAAUCAAUCAAGAACUCCAAAUGAUGAUGAUCAAGAAUUAGGAACAGGCAAUUCAAUACCAAAUUCUCCAGUUCGAGAAUAUGAAACUUCAUAUCAUAAUUGGAAUGUAGCUUCAGCACUUAUUGCUUCGGCUAGUGUCUAUCAUAAACAAUUACCACUUGAAAUAUCUAACACAAAAAAUGAAACUACUUCAUCAACAUCAGUACAAGCAUUGGUUUUAGUUGUUAAAUCUGAAGUUGUUCCAACUAUGUUACAAAAUCAAAAUUCUAUUCGAAAAAAUUCUAAUGAUAGUGAACAAGAAGAUCAUGAAGUAAGAAAUUUAACAGAUAAAAUGGAAAAUCAACAAACAACUUCAACAAAAAAAAAAAAACCUAUGAUUCUUACAUCUGAUCAAUUAAAACGACUUAAUCUUAAAACUGGUAUAAAUCAUAUUGAAUUUAGUGUUACAACAGCUUUACAAGGUACAACUAUGUCACAUGAUAGUAUUGCAGAAUUUUUUCAAGCUAUUCAAGAAAAUGGUUACCAAUUUAUUUAUUUAUCUGCUCGUGCUAUUGGACAAAGUAAAAUAACAAGAAAUUUUUUACGCAAUAUUAAACAAUGUGGUUUUGCAUUAUCUAUUGGUCCACUACUUAUUUUACCUGAUACAUUAGUUAUUGCACUUUAUAGAGAAGUAAUUGCAAGAACACCUGAAGAUUUUAAAAUUGAAUGUUUAAAAAAUAUUGCAAGUUUAUUUCCAAAUAAAAAUCUAUUUUAUGCAGGUUUUGGCAAUCGAUUGAAUGAUCAAUGGACAUACACAACUGUUGGAAUAUCAGAGACUUGUAUAUUUACAAUAAAUCCACGUGGUGAAAUUAUUCGACAAAAAUUAUCUCAAGUAUUAUGUACUUCAUAUGUAUAUAAAAAUUUACAUGAAGUAGUUGAUCAAGUAUUUCCUCCAAUGGAUUCAUUUUCUGCAAGUGAACCAUAUUCAUCAUUUACAUUUUGGCGUAAACAAUUAAUAAUAGAUUCAUUAGAAGAUGAAAUGCGUGAACAUUUAGAAGAAAUUCUAAUACGACAAAAAUCUAAAGGCAAAGGAUCAACAACACAAAUAAGUUCUUUACCAAAAGCAACUCCAACAACAACAUUAACUAAAAGAGCUGAUGAAAAAGUUAUUGUUGAAGGUGAAACAACAACAGCUGACAAUAAUUCAAUUUUAUCAUCAAAAAAACGAAUAACUCAUUCUAUUAGUCAAACAACAACAUCUAUCAAACAUAAAUUAUCAAAAAAAGAACGUAAACGUCUUGAAAAAGUGCUUGAUAUUAAAAAGAAAAAAGCUAAACGAGUUGAAUUACUUGAUAAAUUAGGACAAAUACAAAUUUCAAAUGAUGAAUUAGCUCUUCUUCAUUCAGUAAAAAAUAUCGAUAGUAAAAUCAAACAUCAACCGAUUGAUACUCAGAUUUCAAUAACAAAUUCUUCUACUUCGAUUAAUUUUAAUCAACGUUCUAGAAAACGUUCAGCUCAAGUAUCUACAGAAAUAAUUCAAAAUGAUUCAGAAUCAAAUUCAAAUGAUGAUGAUGAUGAUGAAACUAUUAAUGAUGAAGAGAUUCCUCUACCACAUGCUAAUGUUCAAGUUGAACGUAGUGAAGAAAUUCAAGCAAUACAUUCACAAUUACCAAUUAUUACUGAAGAACAGACUUUUAUGGAAGCUAUUCAUGAUAAUCUUGUUGUUCUUAUUUGUGGAGAAACUGAACCGUUGAGUAUUGUUAAAAUAUCGUCGAUAUACCAGUCCAAAAAACAUUCAUCAAGUUCAUCAUCAUAUCGAUCAAGUAGUGAACGAGAUGAAAAACAUUCAUCUAGUCGACAUAAACACAGACAUGAUGGAAAAUCAUUAAAAAAACAUUCCAAAAAAAGCAGUAAAACUCGUCGUACAUCACGAUCAAGAUCUCCAAUUCGACAUCAUUCAUCGAAAGCUGAUAAAGAAUGUAAAUCACUGCAAACUUCUAUGAAUCAAACAACAUCAGUGGUAGCAACUACACCUAAACCUCUUAAUAAAGAAGCUGAACAAAAACGUCUCGAAGAAGAAAUGCAAAAACGUAAAAAUCGUAUUAAACAAUGGCGUACUGAACGUCGAAUAAUGUUUGGUAUUGAUAAAGUCCGACAAGAAUCAGUUGUACAAGUUACAAAAGUAUGA